CCCAGGCGCUUAGGAGGCGGGUGCGGAGGGAUGAAGGGCGGCGGGUCCCGCCAGUGGGAGGCGAGGGAUCGUCCGCUCCGUCCAAUGGCGAGGCGGCGCAGGCGGGACCGUCCCCGCUGCCUUGGGAAGAGGAGGGAAAAAAUAGGACGCGAGAGCGAGAGGAUGAGAUGGCGAGUGGAACUGCGCGAGCCAGGUGAGGCAAUGGGCAGCCCUGAAGACGACUUGAUUGGGAUCCCUUUCCCAGAACACAGCAGCGACCUGCUGGGCAGCCUCAACGAGCAACGCCGGAGGGGGGUUCUCUGCGACGUGACCUUGCGGGCCCAGGGAUCGGAGUACCGGACCCACCGGGCCGUGCUGGCAGCGUCCAGCCGCUACUUCCGGCGGCUCUUCGCGGGGCCCGGCAUGGGCGUCUGCGAGCUGGAUUUUGUGGGGGCCGAGGCGCUGGGCGCCCUGCUGGACUUUGCCUACACUGCCACCCUGACCAUCAGCACGGGCAGCCUGGCAGAGGUGCUGCGGGCUGCCCGCAUCCUCGAGAUCCCCUGCGUCAUCAAGGCCUGCAUCGAGAUCCUGCAAGGAAACGGCUUGGAAGCCCCCGUCCCCGAUGAUGCCUCCCGCGAGCGCGCCCACCGCUACCUGGAGGCCUUUGCCACCCUACCCAACGCCGAGGGCGACCUGCCAGAGCCACCCGUCUACCCGGCCCCCCGCCGCAGCAAGAAGAUCCGCAAAUUCCUACAGGCCAAGGGCUCCCGCCUCAACAACCACCUCGCCGAGCUGUCGCCGUCGCCGUCCCCCUCCUCGACGGGGACGCAGGAGCGGCCGAGCCCCCCCAGCCAGGCCUCUCCGGUGCCAGUCCUCGUGCACCCCCACGAGGACGAGGUGCUGGCGCCCUCUCGCGCCUUCCCGUACCCGUACGCCCCCGGCCUCUCGCCGGAAGACCUGGGCUCGGACGAAGAGGCCACCGAACAUGACAUCAUGACCUACAUGCGUGCGCUCAACCCGGAAGGGCCGUCCCUGGGCCUCGACCCCCCGGACAAGCUGGUGCGCAAGCGGCGCUCGCAGGUGCCCCAGGAGUGCCCGGUCUGCCACAAGGUCAUCCACGGCGCGGGCAAGCUGCCUCGCCACAUGCGCACCCACACCGGGGAGAAGCCGUUCGCCUGCGAGGUCUGCGGGGUCCGCUUCACGCGGAACGACAAGCUCAAGAUUCACAUGCGGAAGCACACGGGAGAGCGCCCCUACUCCUGCCCGCACUGCACGGCCCGCUUCCUGCAUAGCUACGACCUGAAGAACCACCUGCACCUGCACACGGGCGCCCGUCCCUACGAGUGCUGCCUAUGCCACAAGGCCUUCGCCAAGGACGACCACCUGCAGCGCCACCUCAAGGGCCAGAACUGCCUGGAGGUACGCACCAGGCGCCGGCGCCGCGGCCCCGAUCCCGAGCCCAACUCCUUGUCUGCCGCGGGGAUGCCCUCGGUCGACCACGACUUGACCAAUGGGCAGGCGGAGGGGCUGUGCCUCUCGCUCGCCCGCGGCUACUGGGAUCCGGCCCGUGCCCAGCAAGCCCUGUCUCCUCACAUCAAAGAAGAGGAGGACGAGGACGAAGACGAGGAGGAAGGCCGCGAGGAGGGAAUGGCGACGGAUGACGGGCCGGCGGCGGAGGCAGAGGCUGCGGCUGAAACGGCGUAGGGCCUCACCCCCCCCCAGACUAGGCCUCAGGCCUUCUUUGCUUUGGCCGUUGCCAUGGCGACUCCGGGGACUAGGCCGUGGUCCAGGCCGAGAUGCACUAUUUCCCCACCCUUUCAGUUGCCGCGGCAACCGAGAAGAGAUGCACUAUGACCCGCCCCACCCUGGCGCACUGAUUUGGUGCCUUUAGCAACCCCUCAAAGGGGUACGGGGCAGUUAUGAACCAAAGCAGGUGGGGUUGGGGUGGUGGGAGGGCAGAAACGCAAGGGAGAGGGUUCAUAUGCUCAGGAUCAAUGAAAUAAGCAAUUAAAUAGGGGUAGUGCUUUUUGGGAGGGG